AUGGCGCCUCACUCGGACGUGGAGCAGGCACAGCCUGAUCCGGACACCAUACCGUUGGUAUUCGAUAACAAAGUCGGCGGAACUCCUUUGAAUCAUCAAUAUGAUGGGCCAUACAAGGUUUCAGAGCACAUUCUUUGGGCACCACGGAAGCUCAGAGUUGCUUGCAUCGGUGCCGGAGCUUCUGGACUGACCCUGUGUUACAAGAAAGAGAAGGAGUUUGGCGAGGGCAUUGAUCUCGUCGUAUACGACCAGGAGAUUCAGAAGUACUAUCAAUCCUUUGCCGAAGAGCGCGGCUUUAUUGAAAAGUACAUUAAACUACGCCAUGAGGUCGUGCAGACGACCUGGGACGAAGAGACCAGCCAGUGGAUUCUGGAUAUUGAUGAGCUGCUUGACGAUGGCAAAAAGAGACGUUUCCAAGACAAGGUUGACUUUCUAGUUGCCAGUAUUGGCAUCAUGAACACCUGGAAAUGGCCAGACAUUCCCAACCGGGAAGCCUUCAGAGGCAAGAUGAUGCAUUCAGCAGCGUACGAUACGUCUGUGAACCUGAAGGACAAGUCGGUCAUAGUAAUUGGCUCCGGAGCUUCCGCCGUACAAAUUGUUCCUGCAAUUCAACCAUAUGCGAAGAAAGUGACGUCUUUCUAUCGCACGCCGCAGUGGGUCAGUGGUGGUGUACCCCUCGAGGGCUACACGGAAAGCGGCCAGAACUUCUCGUAUACGAAAGAACAGAUUGAAGCUUUUCAAAACGACCCAAAGCUUCAUCUGGAACAUCGCAAGAAAAUGGAAGACAGCAUCAUCAAAGGGUUCCCCUUUAACAUUCUUAACCACCCCAUCCAAACUUUUGGCCGCGAGCGGCUAAUCAAGCGUCUCAUUCCGUCGUUCCCUGCGGGGUGCCGACGAAUUGGUCCGGCGGAAGGAUUUCUGGAAUCAUUUCAUGAGGAUAAUGUGGAGUUAGGUGAUGGAGACAUCGCAGCCUUCACGGAGAAAGGCGUUAGAACUGUUGAUGGCAAGGAAUACGAGGCGGAUGUCGUCAUCUGCGCUACCGGCUUUAACACAAGCUACCGCCCUUUCUUCCCAAUUGUCGGACACCAAGGCCGAAAUCUCGCUGACGUCUGGAAAGAUGACCCAGCGGCUUAUCUUGCACUCGCAAUAAGCGGGUUUCCAAAUUUCAUGCUUGGAUCACUCGGUCCGAACGCCCCAUUAGCUCAUGGAUCUCUGACACAUGUUCUCGAGGCGGCUCUUACCUAUGUCUGCAGGGUGAUUCGAAAGAUUCAAGUCGACAAUAUCCGAUCGAUCGACGUCAAGGUUGAGGUUCUGGAAGAAUAUAACGAGCACGUACACGAAUGGCUGAAGAGAAGGUGGGAAGACUAUAACAUCAAAUAUCGAAGUCGAAACCGAUUUGAAUUCAUGGGUAACGGGUUUACUGACGUUGAGGUCGACGACAAAGACGUGUCCUGGUAUUUGAACCCAGAGGAGAUUGAGAAGCCUUUGUUCACUUCUUUGAAUCCUGUCUAG